ACUACGGCAUUAUCAAUAAAUUUAUAGUGCUGCACGACAACUGAGAGACAUCAUUUCCCAGAAGAUUAAAAAAAAUUCUAGUACUCCGGGCUACUGCUAUUUAUCUAUAAAUUGUAAAUUGUGACAGCCUGAAUUUUACUAAACAAAUUUGUCUUCCAAACUAUUUCAUCUGAUGCAAGCUUAGAGCUCCUCCAGCAUAGUUCUUGUACACACUGCUUGGGAGAAAUAUGGAUCCAAGUACAAAGUUAACAAAGGAGAUAGAGGUAUUAAAACAGGUGCUUCCUCUGAUAACAUCUCACAAAGAUCGAAAUUCAGUCUCACAAGUAUGCAAAGAUUUUUAUCAUGUGGAGAGGUGUAGCAGGACAAAGGUAUUCAUUGGAAACUGCUACGCGGUCUCGCCUGAAAUGGUGGCCAGGCGAUUUCCGAAUAUUCGGAGUGUUACCCUUAAAGGGAAACCAAGAUUUGCAGACUUCAAUUUGGUGCCAGAGAAUUGGGGAGCUGAUGUUCACUCAUGGCUUGUAGUGUUUGCGGAAUUUUACCCUUUUCUGGAGGAGCUAAGGUUGAAAAGAAUGACAGUUAGUGAUGCCAGUUUGGAGUUUUUAGCGACUUCGUUCACAGAAUUUCGAGCUUUAUCUCUGUCAAGCUGUGAUGGUUUUAGUACUGAUGGUCUCGAGGCUAUUGCAACUCAUUGCAAGGCCUUGACUGAGCUUGACAUACAGGAAAAUGACAUAGAUGAUGUUAGUGGGGAUUGGUUAAGUUGUUUUCCUGAAGAUUUUGCGUCACUGGAAGUGCUAAAUUUUUCCAGCCUCAACACUGAUGUUAGUUUUGAUGUCCUUGAAGACCUUGUUUGCAGGUGCAAGUCAUUGAGGGUUUUGAAGGUUAACAAGAAUAUAAGCCUGGAACAAUUACAGAGGCUGCUGGUAUGGACACCGCAACUGAUAGAGCUUGGUACUGGUUCUUUUAAUCAAGAGCUAGUACCUCGUCAGUUCCAAAUGCUUGAAAGUGCAUUUGACAACUGCAAGAACCUAAGCACCAUCUCGGGUUUAUGGGAAGCUACUUCUCAGAAUCUCGCUGCCUUAUAUCCUGUCAGUGCCAGACUUAGCUUCUUAAAUCUCAGCUACGCAAAUUUGCAAAGUUCUGCACUUGCCGAGCUUCUUGCUCACUGCUCAAAUCUACGACGCCUCUGGGUGUUGGACACAGUGGAAGAUAAGGGCCUAGAAGCUGUUGGAUCUUGCUGUCCUUUUCUAGAGGAACUAAGAGUCUUCCCUGCAGGUCCCUUUGACCAGGAUAUGGAUUAUGGGGUAACUGAAUCAGGCCUUGUGGCUGUAUCUAAUGGAUGCCGAAGACUUAAGUAUGUUCUGUACUUCUGCAUGCAAAUGACUAAUGAUGCCGUCGCCACUGUCGUUCAGAAUUGCCCUGAUUUUACUCACUUCCGCCUUUGCAUAAUGAAUCCCUCCCAGCCAGAUUACCUAACAAAUGAACCAAUGGAUGAGGCAUUUGGUGCAGUGGUAAAGAACUGCACUAACCUUGAGAGACUUUCUUUAUCAGGACUAUUGACAGACUUGACCUUUGAGUACAUCGGAAAAUAUGCCAAGAAACUGGAAAUACUUUCUGUCGCUUUUGCAGGAAGUAGUGAUUUGGGAAUGCAGCAAGUGUUGGAGGGAUGUCCGAUGCUGAGGAAGCUUGAGAUAAGAGAUUGCCCGUUUGGAGAUGCAGCAUUACUUUCAGGUUUGGAUAAGUAUGAAUCAAUGCGGUCUCUGUGGAUGUCAACUUGUAACUUGACAAUGACUGGUUGCAAAGAAUUGGCAAAGGAAAGGCCAAGAUUAAAUGUCGAGGUGAUAAAAGAUGAAGAGACUGAUGAAGAGACCGAUAAAGUAUAUGUUUACCGAUCUUUAGCCGGUCCAAGAAGUGAUGCACCACCUUUUGUAGUCUCUCUUUAAUCUACGGUAAGGAAUUCUUGGUAACUUAACGAGGCUUUCUAGCUAGUCUUUAAAAAAGUUCAGUGCCAGUCCUUGUAACGCUUGCUCUGUUCAAGCCUAUUAAAAGCGACGCCUCUACUUUAUAUGCACAGUUGAAAAUUUGUGAAGUGGAGCAGAGCCGGGGAACUGAUUCAAGCUAUAGCCAGGUUUAAUUUGUUUUGACACGCACAAUGUCAGUUGUUUAUUGUUUGUUUUGUCGGGUUUUGUGAAUGAAUGAACUAAAAAUUUGAUUUCCAAAUGUUAAGGUUUAUGCAAAGCAUAGAAAUUGUUGGUUUGGUUC